GUUACACAAUAAUGCCAUUUUGAUCUUUCUUUUUCAAUUGUCCUGAUUUUCAUGAUCAAAAUUACUAUGUUUACUCGUCAUGUUCAACCAAAACAUUAUUUUCUUGGUACGAAUACGAGAUAGUUGCUUGAGCACCAUCCAAUUUGCUUUGACUCUGUCCUCCUCUUGCAUGGAGCAGUGGGCACAAUAAAAAUUUGUGGUUUUUAUUUUUUCACUACAUUUUCUUCCACAUCUUCUUCUUGAAGGUUCAUCAGGUUGAGCUACUUUUAAUAGUGCCUGUUUCCCAUUACAAAAGGCGGUGAUUGUUGAUGGAAUACCAUCUUCAUCUUAUCAGUGGAAGGUAGAUUAUGGAUAGUCUAAAGAUGGAUACUCGCACUAGCAACGACCAAAUGCCCUACAAAGAGGAGAAGAUGAGCAAAGGCUUGAAGAGAUCCUUGCUGGUGUUGAAUUGCGCACUGUUAGCCUUGGGAAAUGUUGGUGGCCCCCUUAUAAUGAGGCUCUACUUCUUGAAAGGUGGUAAGGGAGUUUGGACAUCAAGCUGUUUAGAAACUGCUGGCUGGCCAUUUAUGGUAAUGCCUCUCACAUUUUCAUACUUGUAUCGUCGAAGAAAGGAAGGCCCUGCGACCGAGCUUUUCUUCAUUAAACCUCCUUUGUUUCUGGUUAGUGCUGUUGUAGGCCUUCUUACUGGCGUGGAUGACUUUUUGUAUGCUUAUGGUGUUGCUCGCCUCCCUGUCUCUACCUCAGCUCUGAUAAUUUCAACCCAAUUGGCCUUUACCGCUGCAUUCGCCUUUUUAUUGGUCAAGCAGAAGUUCACAUCUUUUACCAUUAACUCGGUUUUUUUGUUGACUGUCGGAGCAGUGGUUCUUGCACUUCAUACAAGUUCAGAUCGCCCAGCAAAUGAAUCCAACCGACAAUAUUACUUGGGAUUUUUUAUGACACUUGCAGCUUCAAUGCUUUAUGGAUUUGUGUUACCGGCGAUUGAGUUAACAUACAAGAAAGCAAAGCAGACUAUUACUUACUCUUUGGUGAUGGAGAUGCAAAUGGUUAUGUCAUUUUCAGCUACAGUUUUCUGCACCAUUGGGAUGCUUUUUCACAAAGAAUUUGAGGCAAUUCCAAGAGAGGCAAGUAAAUUUGAGCUAGGGCAAUCAACAUACUAUCUGGUAAUCCUGUUGAGUGCAAUCUUAUGGCAGUUCUUUUUCAUGGGAGCUGUCGGAGUAAUUUUCUCUGGGUCCUCACUGCUGUCUGGCAUAAUAAUUGCAGCUCUGCUUCCGGUGACAGAAUCUUUGGCUGUAUUGUUCUUCCAUGAAAAGUUCCAAGUUGAAAAAGCUAUAUCCGUUGUGUUAUCUCUUUGGGGAUCUCUGUCUUACUUCUAUGGUGAGCUCCAAAAAAACAAGAAAAAUCAAGCUUCAGAAAGAGCAAUGGCCUAGUAUGUACUUCAUUGAAUUCAAAUGAAAGUACUUGUCUGUAUCUUUGCUUGCAUAUUUCAAGCAUAGUUUAAGCUUCUGAACCACAACUCUAGAUGCUGUGGCUAUUAAAUCAUUAUCUUUGUAUAAUAUUAUAUAAAAUUUAUAUCUCAACAAUCAUACUGUUAUACGAUAAACAAUGAAUGAGAACUAUUAGAAUGAGUAGAACAGUUAUA